AUGUCGCAACCAAUGGCUGGCGUGGCCAAGGUAGAGGCGCCAAGCGCCACGAACAGCGCUGCCAAACUGGCAGGGAACGGCCCGCCCUUCCCGCCUCAGAUCGCCCAGCCGGCUGCAAAGGGGUGGAGGUUCUGGGCGAUAUUUCCUCCGCUCUCUAUCGCCACUUUUCUUGUGGGGCUCGACUCGACAGUCACGUCAUCGGCACUCCCGCUGAUUACGUCUGACCUUAAAUCCGGAGACAACUAUGUCUGGAUCAUCAACGGCUACCUUCUAACUUCGACUGCGUUCCUUCCCCUUUGGGGUCAACUCUCCCAGGUCCUGGGCAGGCGAUGGCCCACAAUGGCUGCUGUCGCUAUCUUCGUUCUUGGAUCGGGAAUCAGUGGUGGAGCAACGUCCACUGCCAUGCUCAUCGCGGGGCGUCUUGUCCAAGGUCUUGGCGGCGCGGGCAUCACGGCCAUGACGCAACUCAUCAUCAGCGAUCUCGUGUCGUUACGCGAAAGGGGCAAAUAUAUUGGGGUCAUAUACGCUGUUUUUGGACUCGGCACAGCCGUGGGCCCCCCUAUUGGAGGUGCAAUCGCACAGUACUCCAAUUGGAAGUGGGUCUUUUGGAUCAACCUACCAGUUGGCGGCGUCACACUUCUGAUGCAGUUAUUCUUCCUCCAAAUUGUCUUCGUCAAGCGCCUCAAAUUCAAGGAAAAGGUGCGCCAGAUUGACUGGAUUGGAAACUCAGUUCUCGUUGCCUCGGUCGUCUCAAUCUUGAUUGCUCUUUCUUGGGCAAACACUCGUUACGCGUGGAGCGAGUAUCAGAUCAUUGUACCUCUCGUUCUGGGUUUCAUCGGAAUGGGUUUAUUCUUCCUCUACGAGUCGUCCAAGUUCUGCGUCCAACCCACGAUUCCUCCGCGCAUGUUUUUGAAUCGCACCAGUGCACUCGGCCUGGUCUGCACUUUCAUACAGUCGAUGCUGACCAUGUGGCGGGUUUACUUCCUGCCUGUGUACUUCCAGGCCGUGGUACUGGUAUCCAUAUCUAGAUCCGGUGUUCUGCUACUUCCUACUAUUCUCAUAGGUGUGCCGGCCGCGAUUGUCUCCGGCCAGGUUCUGGCGAAAUAUGGCAAAUACAAACCGAUCCACAUUUUCGGCUUCGCUGUCGCCACGCUCGCAUCUGGACUCUACAUCGAUUUUGACGCGAAAUCAUCAUUAGCCAAGAUCGUCAUCUACCAGAUCAUCGCAGGCAUUGGGGGUGGUUGUCUGCUGACCACAAUGCUUCCCUCAGUGCAGGCCGCUAAUCCCCCCAAAGACGUGGCAGCAGCUACCUCAACCUGGGCAUUCAUGCGCGCUCUGGGAAACGUAUGGGGCAUUGCUAUCCCUGCUGCUAUCUUCAACAACCAGAUGAACGCGAGGGUGGGCUCUAUCUCGGACCCAAAGGUCCGCGGCUUCCUCUCUGGCGGGGAUGCCUACACCCACGUAUCUGCAGCGUUCAUCAAGUCCCUUCCUCUCGAUCUGCAGAAUGAGGUUGUAAAUGCGUACCAAGGUGCGCUUAGGGUCAUAUGGGAGGUUUGUUUGGCGUUCAACGUGUUAGGCUUCUUACUGGUAUUCCCCGAAAAGGAAAUCAAGCUGCGCACAACAGUCACGUCGGAUCACAAGUUGAAGGAGAAGGCAAAGAAGGUGGAUAUGGAGGCAAAGAGCGGCGGUCUAACAGAGAAGCAAGGGUCUUCGUCUUUUAACUCCUAG